AUGCCAACGGCGAUAUCAAGGAAAAAAAUAAAUAAGACAUUAACAGACCUAGAACAAGAGCCGAAUCCUAACGACAAAGAGGAGGAAAUGACAACCAACGAAAAUGAAAAUCAAAACCCCCUCUCUGAUUUAGAAAAAGAAUUAAUUAAGUCGUUUUUUCACAAGUAUAAAAUUAAAAAAAUCUCUCUUCACAAUGAUAGUUUGAGUAAAAUUGAUAAAAAUGAAUUAACAGCCCAAGAAUUAG